AUGGCGGCAUAUGAAGAAGAAAGUAGUGCACUGGUUAUUGAUAAUGGAUCCGGUAUGUGUAAAGCUGGAUUCGCUGGUGAUGAUGCACCAAGAGCUGUGUUCCCGUCAAUUGUUGGUCGUCCAAGACAUCAGGGUGUUAUGCUUGGUAUGGGACAAAAAGAUAGUUACGUUGGUGAUGAGGCACAAUCGAAAAGAGGCAUUCUAACAUUGAAAUAUCCCAUCGAACAUGGAAUUGUUACUAAUUGGGACGAUAUGGAGAAGAUAUGGCAUCAUACAUUUUACAAUGAACUACGUGUAGCCCCAGAAGAACAUCCUGUACUAUUGACUGAAGCACCAAUGAAUCCAAAGGCAAAUCGUGAGAAGAUGACACAGAUCAUGUUUGAAACAUUCAAUAGUCCAGCUAUGUAUGUCGCUAUUCAAGCAGUUUUAUCUUUAUAUGCAUCUGGUCGUACUACGGGCAUCGUGUUGGAUUCAGGAGAUGGUGUAAGUCAUACUGUUCCCAUUUAUGAGGGGUAUGCUCUACCACAUGCAAUUCUCCGUCUUGAUUUGGCUGGCCGUGAUUUAACUGGUUAUCUUAUGAAAAUAUUAACUGAACGCGGUUAUUCAUUUACCACUACUGCUGAACGUGAAAUUGUUCGUGACAUCAAAGAGAAACUCUGCUAUGUUGCUUUGGACUUCGAUCAAGAAAUGAGGACUGCAGCGAGUAGCUCAUCACUUGAAAAGUGUUAUGAAUUACCUGAUGGUCAAAUUAUUACAGUUGGAAAUGAACGUUUCCGAUGUCCUGAAUCCUUAUUACAACCAAGUUUCUUAGGAAUGGAAUGUGCUGGUAUUCAUGAAACAACCUACAGUUCUAUUAUGAAAUGUGAUGUUGAUAUUCGUAAAGAUUUAUAUUCAAAUAUUGUCCUAUCUGGUGGUUCUACUAUGUUCCCUGGUAUUUCAGAUCGUAUGCAAAAAGAGAUUUGUACUCUUGCACCGACUACAAUGAAAAUAAAGAUUGUCGCACCACCUGAACGUAAAUACUCUGUAUGGAUUGGUGGGUCUAUAUUAGCCUCAUUAUCUACAUUCAAUCAAAUGUGGAUAACUAAACAAGAAUAUAAUGAAUCUGGUUCAGGUAUUGUACAUCGUAAAUGUUUCUAG